AUGAUCAACAUCCAGCGGCUGCUGGAGGCGGCCGAGUAUCUGGAGCGAAGGGAGAGAGAGUGUGAGCACGGCUAUGCCUCGACCUUCCCCUCAGUCCCAAGCCCUGGACUACAGGACCCAAAGCCCACGCGGAGGCUGAGCCGGGCACGGAAAUACAGCGGCAGCGGCAGCAUUGCCAGCAUUGCCACCAGGUCUACGCACAAUGAACUAGAAAAGAACCGCCGAGCUCACCUCCGCCUGUGUCUAGAACGCUUAAAAGUUCUGAUACCGCUCGGACCAGACUGCACCCGGCACACCACGCUUGGGCUGCUCAACAAAGCCAAAGCACAUAUCAAGAAACUUGAAGAGGCUGAGAGGAGAAGCCAACACCAGCUUGAGAACCUGGAACGAGAACAAAGAUUCCUAAAGAGAAGACUGGAACAGCUACAGGGUCCUCAGGAGAUAGAGCGAAUACGAAUGGACAGCAUUGGAUCUACCAUUUCCUCGGAUCACUCGGACUCGGAGCGAGAAGAGAUUGAAGUGGACGUUGAAAGCACAGAGUUCUCCCAUGGAGAAGUGGACAAUAUCAGCACAACCAGCAUCAGUGACAUUGAUGAUCACAGCAGCUUGCAGAGUAUUGGGAGUGAUGAGGGUUACUCCAGCGCCAGUGUCAAGCUCUCGUUUGCUUCCUAGAACCAAGUGAGACAACAGUGCAGGGUGAAUGAUUUCACUGGGAUGAUCAAACUGGGUCCUAGAUGCCAGUAUCCUCUUUCAGAAUUGACAUAUUGACAGCUAGGCCUGGAGAGACCUGUAUAUAAAGCUUUUUGGGUAAAGGAAGCCUCCCCAGAAACCCAUAUUUGUUCAUUUGGUCAUGUUACCGAUCCCAAUUUCUGCUGGCAAAAAGUUAGGCCAAAUACUAGUCCCUUUGCAGUCAAUGAAAUCCGUUUGUUUCUGUGGGACCUGGAUCUAGACCUUAGUGAUGAAACACUUUGUUUUGAAUUUAUUUGAAAUUGUUUGAAAGAGGAUACUAGAAACUCAUCCCUCUCUUUCUGUCAUGAGAUCUGAGAAAUGUCAAAAUUUCUUACACCGCAUUCAGAUUGAACAACCUAAUUUAGGCCCUUCUGAAGAGCUUUUGUGGUCCUGAAAGGACUGUAUCCUACAGUUUACCACAAUCUAAUGCUGUCAUAAUGUACUAGGAAAUCUAAGAAGGCUUACGUAGCCUAGGAAUAACAGUGCCGAUAAUGAUGAAGGUCUCAUUCUGUGCCCAGAGGGAGAGGGGCAGCGAUGUUCAGGGGAGAACACCAUUCAACUCAGCUUUCUGUUGGACAUCAUUUGAACAGUGAGUACCUCAGAAGCGUGGCUAAGGCGAGAGGUACACACCUGUAACCUACCAGCACAGGGUGGGCUGUCAGGCCUGGGGCUGUGCCAGCGCCAGCAGGUCCCCGGUAGAUGUGUGUCCCUCGCAGGCACACGGCCAGCUGAGGGCAGAACGAAACCAGCACUCGAGAGCUGACACACCAGACAGUCAUGCCCAGAUACUGAGCCACUAUGACCUUUUUAUUUGAAGUGAUUUUUUGAUAAACAUUUGUAAAUGUGUUGGGAGGGAAAACACCCCAAGUCUGAUGCAUCUUUUUAGAGCUUGUCCAUAUGAAACCUUAGAUGUCUUUUAUAUGAAUUUAUGCCAUGAAAAGAUCUCUGUUUUGAUGAAGCACUUGACCCAAUGAAAUGCAAAGAUCCUUUUUUUGCCAUGCACACAAAAAUGAAGGUUGUGCUAAGCUGGAAGAGGCCAGGUUUGGUGGGGGUUUCUUCAGUUUUCUUUUUAGAAUCAUUCCCUUUGCUGACUUUUGAAGUUCCAGUCCAGUAGUUAACUUAGUUAAGCUCAGCACGUCUCUCAUGUUAAUGUAACGUUUUGACUGCACGUCCUGUUCCCAAGGGCCUUGCCACCUUAUCUGUGCAGGUGCUGUUAAGAGCUGUUAUAGCGAAUGUUUUCUAAUUUUCUCCAAGACGAGCAUUCUAACCUGCACUUUGAGGGCUUUGCUUUUUUUAUUUUUGUCUUUUUAAUGGCCAGGAUUAUUUUGUUUUCCAAGUUUUAAAAACCUUAAUAGAGUCUUCACCUAUGGCAUUGUUUGAAACUUUGUAUAUCCUUAAGUAAUUUAAUUACCCCUCAUUACUAAGGAAAAAAGAGGAAAAAAUGCUUUAUAAAAUUCAUAACUUAUUGCUGAUUUGAAUGGGUUGUUAAUUUCAGUCCUUUAGAUUUUAUUUUAUUGUUUUAGAUAGGGUUGGGUAAAAAGAGGUAAAAUAAAGUAAAAAAAAAUAAAGACAACCAUAUUUAGCAGUGCAGUGGAAUUGUGUUUAAAUGUUAGCAUAUGGUCCCCAUUAAAGUAGCACUUUAACGCCAUUAAACAUUUCUGUAUCUGAAAUGAGUUGUGUUCUUCCAUCUUGGUCAUUGCUGUCACUUCAGCCAGCUGCUGUUCUUGUGCCCUUCGGUCCUGCGGUGACAUCCUGAGCGAGUCUCAUGUAGACUUGUGCACUGUGAUAAGUUGCCUGUGUUUAAAUACUCUGAUGUUUCCUCCACUCUCCAAAAUGUGUCAUUCCCUGUAAAAGGCACAACACACAUGCUUGAGUAGAGAAAUAAUCUCUCCAUGGCUGUAAUGAAUGAUUUCUCUCCAGUCUGGGUUUUUUAAAAUUAAUUUGCUUACUAAGUUUGCAUCUGGUUGCAGUUGUUAAACGUGUUUUCACUUGUGUGCAUGUAAUCCAGUGUCUCAGUCCAUCUGUUCUUCUUUCUGGGAGGUUACCUGGCAGGGACAGGAGGCUGCCACAGAGUGAAUUAAGCUCUAGGUUGCAAAUGCAGCCCAAGGGCUUUGAAAGAAGAAAUCCUGCUUGAAUUUGCUUUUGGGGUCUAUAUGAUAUCUGGAUGACACAAGGCUUGAAACAGUCUGUAGAGUGGUGAAAGAUAGGAAACUUCAGCUCUAGCAAGGUCUUAUUUAUUUAUUCAUUAUUAUUCUCCUUGGAAGUGUUGACAACUGGCAGUGCUGGUGCUGAGCAGUUGGAUACCAGUUGGAUUUAUUUAUUUAUGAGCCAUUUUCCGUAGCUGUCACAGCACCUCCUCUUUCCUGUUAUUCCUGUUUGUGUUAAAUGUCCACUUGGGAAAGCAAUACAACAGCUGAGAAGCACUGAAGUUCAAGGGAUGGAGAAUGGCCCUGCUCUCCUAGUUGGUAUAAAACAGUGACAUGUCUAUUGUUGGAAUAAAUGCAUUUGAAAUGUUUGUUUGUAAUGCUCCGGGGCAGUUUGGUAUCUCCUACCUUUUCUAGUGUUGUGGUCUCAAAGGGUCCUGAUCUCAAGUGCAAGUAAAUGGGGAAAAUGUCACAGGAGAUGAACUUCCAUCACCAGCCACCUGCCUGACUGCUCAGCCAGCAGCAGUGCUCCAGCCAGGGGGAGGUCAAGGAAGAAAACUAAAAGAAAUCUAAAAACCUUUCUAAUAGCUCCAAAGACCUGGGAUUGGUUGCUCUGGUGCUGGUGGGUUCUUUGUAGCAGAUCCUAGCAGAUUUCAGCUAGAGUUUUGAUAAUUUCUUAUGUGAUGAAAUAUUUCUCUGGCCUUUCAAAGUUGUCCUGCCCUGGUUUAUUUCUGCUUUGUGGACUCUGCAUUUUCUCACCUCACACAGCUGCUAUCCUCCUCAAAUCUCCCUUCACUGUUCUGGUCUCUUGCAUUGCAGUGUUCAAGAUAACCAAUUUUUAGAGAUGUUGCUAUAAUUUUUCAAGACUAUGGCGACUUUUCCUGUGAAAGCAGAACUGGAUGCAGUUUCCUGAGGCAGCCUUCCCAUGCAGCAGGCAGACAUGCACACGCACGCACAGCUCCCUCAUAAGCUCAUUCUGUCAAGUCCUCCCUCUGUAAAUUAGAUCCCCAGUGGGUCUCUUUGCUACAGACAAACCCAUUAAAAAGACCAUCCAGCAUUUUCCUUCUUUUGACACGAGUGUAUUAUGGAAUGUCACCUCGUGUCUGCAGACAAGGUGGAGAUGACUAUCUGGCUGCAUUUGUCACGGUUAUCCUGUGGCGAGUUGUCACUUGAAGGUCAUUUUAACGUCCGUUCCAUUAGCAGCAUGUCAGUGACGAAGGUGGUCUCACAUCUGUCUGUCUCAAGAAAUCUGUAGGUCAAUAGAAAGGGGGUUAACUAGACAGACUUAUCAUUUUCUGGGGUUGGUGAUUGUGUUUUCCUUUUGUCUGUUUGUUUGCUUGUUUGCUGCCAUCUGUUUGUGAGCUCCGGCCUCCUGCUUUUCUGCUUUGUUCUCUUGUACUCACUGUUCCCUGUUUGUUGUGUUGCCCUGUUGGAAUGGGUGAAACAUUUGGCUUCAGAGGAAGUGGGAUCCAUUGGUGCCCUAACUGGAGAUAGUUGUUCUCUUUCCUCCCCGCCCAGCAUCAUAAGCUUUUCCUGUGGCAUUUUUUUCUGACACCAAACAUGCAUCAUUGGAGGAAGAAAUCAAGGUCGCUUCCUGCAAGAGAAUGGUAAAAAACAGGGCUUCAUUCUGAGGCUAGGGAGGUGAUAACAAUGAAAAGCUAUAUAAAAGCAGAAUAAAGUCCUAUUUUUUUUCCUGGAGCUUUCUCCCAUGGACACAUUGUCCAGUGAGUGAGAAAUUCCAUAACUGGAUAGUGACUGAAACGCCUCUGCAUCAGCAGUGUGAUCUCUGAAUUGUCCUGUGGGACCCUCGGGGAAGAGGAGUGUGUCCUUCUGCCCCUCUGUUCCCCAGUUUGCACAAAAUACCUAGAGAACACUGAUGUGCUGUCACAUCUUUUUGAAAUGUGCCAACACAUCUGAGUGACAUUUGGGAGGAUGAAUGCAGGAGAGUGGCACAGACAAAGUUUCCCUUUUACUGAAAGAUGGGUUGUUUAACUGGGAAUAAUGCACCAGCACUGGCCUCUGCUUCUCUGCUCAUUUCCUCCUGCCGAGAGGGCUGAUCGUGUCGUUGUUAGGCAGAGGCAGGAGCAGGGAGUCUGUGGGUACUGGUGGUGUGGCUGUGGUGCUAAAUACCUUUUAUGGAGGGGUUCUGUUUGUGGAGUUGUCUCACAACAUGCAUGUGUUGAGAUCCCUUCAAAAGUGUCAAGGAUCAGGGAUUGCUGAGCAGCCUCUGGGAAGGGUGGAAGUGUCCUCUGAGGUGUGGGCUCGUACAGAGCUGAACAGUUCAGUCACUGGUGCUGCUAGCCUGGCUGAUGCAGGUCAGAGGUGUGAAAUGUAAUUUAUUUGGGGAAAGAUCUUCAACGUUAGCCAUGCUGUAAAAGCUGUGGGUAGCAAUUUAUUUUUAUCACACUGGGAAAAAUCAGCGCCUUGGUUUGUAGAACCCCACUGAGGCCUGGAGCAAGUGGUGGGGUGAGCUGGGUAGUUUGGCCUUUAGCAAGUCAUCCAACAUCUUGGCUUGCAGACUGCUGUGCUGCAGACAUGUGAUGAAGCUUUAUUUUAAUACAGCAAGGAUACAGCUUCAGCAAGGAUUAAUUUUGAUCUUGAGGGAUGUUGCAGCAAAGCAGAAUAAGCCAUGAAGGAAUUUAAAGUAUUUUAUGGUGGUUUUAAUAUUGAGGUUUCUAGUUAAAAUGUGCACAGGCCUAGGCCAUGACUUGGGCUAACAGUGCUCUUGCUAAUGUUCCAUUCAGCUAAGGUUAGGAAAUUCUUUCCAUUUAAUCCCCUUUCAGAAAUAUGUCUCAAUUAAUUGUUUUGGAUCUCCUCCUGGAAGGCUUGAUGGGGAAAUACAAAAGCUCUUUCCUAUCCCAGAGUGCUGGAUAACUGUAUGAAAUAGUAUCCAUCACCCUAGGAAAUCCCAGUUUCAGCAGGUCAGUCAGACAGGUAAGGUGUAAAAUGCAGCUUGUUCAUAUCCCUCAUGGAUAAUGUCUCUUUGGGAAGUAACAGCACCUUUCAGUCUAAGUGAGAGCAAGCCUUUUUCAAUCAGCACCCCCUGUGAGAAGGCUUUGCACUUCUGUACAGACCAAGGAGUCGUUGUGGGAUGAGUUCAGUGCAGAAAGUUCUUAGAGCCCAGAUGAAGAUUGGACAAAUUACAAUGCAAAGAGCAGCACCAGCUCCCCGGCAAGCAAUCCUUCUCUUUGACCUGGCCCAGGAAUGUUUUCAGCAGCCUCACUCUUCACAGAACUGUUGCAAAGAGAGUGGUUGUUCCCAAAACCAUGCCACAGCUGCUGCAGGUGAGCAGAACCUCAAGGGGAAGCCCAGAAGUUUGCUGUAGGUUUUGCCUUCUAAAGAUCUCCACUCUUGAAUUGCAGUCCUCUCAGGUAAAGUCCCUUUUUGUAUUUACAAACCUGUGAGACUGAGCAGCUACAUAAAUAAGUGACACAGCACUCACUGGCUUCAGGGAAGGCAAAGGAGAAAUGGAUUGCCAUGACCAUGAGAAUUUCAGUUUGCUACUGUUGAGACUUCUAAAUACUUAAACUGACUGGGGCAAUCCUAGAUCUGAGUCAGGUUUAUACUGGUUUAAUUUCCACAAUGGGUUUCAGUUAGCACAGGACUGAGGCUGUGCUAGAGAAGAGGAAACAUGCAGCCCAUACUGGUCAUUUUGCACAGUACCCUUAUCUGACAGACAGAAAUCUCUGACAAAUAUCUCUUCCAUCUCCAUAGCUUGGGGGGGUUUGCACUCUUUAUUUUUACAGUAACUUUCCCUGUCAUUUCAGUGUUUUUAAGGAGUCUCUGGCUACAGCAGGAUUUGCUGGCACUGGGGUAGGUAAUUUGUGUGCAAAGCCCAGAGCAUGAGUUCCCAGGCUUCUUGCUGUCUAGACCAGUUAUUAAAACUGGAAAAUAAAUUGUAAAAGAACCCAAACCAACCAAAACACCAUCAGCCACAUUUCAGGUCAACUCAGAAUUUGUAAUGUAAAAAACUCUUGUGUUUUGGCAAUUACCAGCAUUGCUUCACGCAAGAUUUAUUUUUAUUACAUUAAUUUCUCAAGCCACUUUACUAAGGCUGUGUUCCAAAGCCAGAUUACAAUUAACUGGCCCAUCCUGCAGAUGAGGCAAGAGCAUAAAAAAUCUUGAUGUGCUAUAAGGAAAGGCUGUGUGGCCAACACAGCAGUUUUGGUUGGGCAGCUUUUUUUGUUUAUAAAAGUUGUUCUCAAGAUGUAUUCUCUUCAUAGAUGGGACCACCCCAGGCACAGUGGUCUCAUUGUUUCACUUCACCCAGGUAAGGUGUUUCAGGAAAAAGCCAAUCAAAACUUUGUUUCAGCACUUCUUUGCAGUGCCCAACAGAAGAGUUGCACCAAAGUCCAUGAGGCAGCCCCGUUACAAGAGGUGACAGUGGAAAGGUACAAGUUUUGCUAAAUUUUUUUAAAGGUAUAGCUAAAACAACUUGGGCUGAACUGUCCCUUGCAGGGGAGGCUCACAGCACCCAUUGUGUUCUGAUGACUCGCUCUAUUGCUCUCCAGAGCUGGUGAACAAAUAAAUAGCCCUGGUAUAGUC